AUGGGAUCUAUCGAUUUGGCAGAGUUGCCCGCUAUGAAGAGCGACCCCAAGUUCAUUUUCUUCACCGACUUCGACGGCACAAUCACACUCCAAGACUCAAAUGACUUCAUGACCGACAACAUCGGCUAUGGCCAGGAAAAGAGGCGCGCAGGUAACAUUGCCUGCCUCAACAACGAGAUCUCCUUCCGCGACUCCUUCCGCGACAUGAUGGACAGCGUCACACGGCCCUACGACCAAUGCAUCCAGUACCUCGUCGACAACAUCAAGCUAGACCCAGGCUUCAAGGCCUUCUUCGAGUGGUCGCUCAAGAACAACAUUCCUGUUGUAGUCUUGAGUUCCGGCAUGGAGCCUAUUAUCCGCGCGCUGCUUGAGAAACUCGUCGGGCCCAGCGCAAGCAAGAUGCAGGUUCUGGGUAACUAUGUGGGUCCCCGCGAGGGCAAGAGCAUCAACGAGGAGGGUGGAUGGCAGAUUCUGUUCAAGCACCCUGACUCGGGUUUCGGCCAUGACAAGUCGAUUGAGCUGCGCAAGUACUCGUCGCUCCCCGAGAACGUGCGCCCGACUAUGUUCUACGCUGGCGACGGUGUGUCAGAUUUGUCGGCUGCGCGCGAGACAGACCUUCUGUUUGCGAAGAAGGGACAUGAUUUGAUUAGCUACUGUGCUCGCGAAGAUGUCCCCUUUACAGUCUUCGAGGAUUGGUCCGAUAUCCUGGCCAAGUGCAAGAGCAUUGUCGAGGGCAAGACGACGGUCCAGGCCGCGGCCAAGGAAGGCUACGAAGCGUACAAAAAGGGCGAGGCUGGCCUCAAGAAGUAG